AUAAUUAUAUUGAACACUGUUACACCAUUAUAAAAUUAUUAUCUUUAUAAUACUCUUAGAUGCUGCUCUGACCGUGUCUAGAUGAGAAGUCCUUGACUUCACUUACGAGAAGACAAUCAUCUGCUUUUUUAAAUAUUUAAAAUAAUUCCAAUAUUCGAAAUCUGCAAUGAUGUGUCAUGUGUUGCCUGCUAUUAUAUUUUCAAACUCCAACAGUUAGUGAACAGUUCAUAAAACAGAAUAUACUAAAAAUUAGGCUGUACGGUGUGAUACCUUCGUCUUUCCGUUUGGAAAAAUGAAACUGCGCUGUAAAAGCAGAGAUUGUGGUUUAUUUUGGUCUAUGAUUUUAAUGCGUACAGCAGUCUGUCAGAAAAACAUAAGAUGGCUAGUAAAAUCGAUAGUAAUAUAAAAGUUAAUCCAGAAAAAGUAUUGCUAGAGACAGAUCAAGGCAUUGUCGACAGUGAAGAAAGGAAGUGGGGAAUGCCCCUAAAAGAAGUAUAUAAACAUGGAGUCUUUUUCUAUAAAGAAAAGGAAGGAAAAGCAAUACAUCUUAGCUAUGAAGACAGGCUGAAACUGGUCGCCUAUACACAACAAACCGCGCACGGUCCAUUUGAUCCCAAUUCUGUACCACCUCUGGGUGUCUUGGAUGUGAUAGGGAGAGAUAGGCAUGCAGCUUGGCAAGCAUUAGGUCAAAUGUCUCAAAUACAGGCUAUGGCUGGCUUUGUCCAUGCUUUAGACAGACUUUGUCCAUUGUUCAAGCCAUAUUUGGAAGCUAUACAGAAGGACAAGGAACAAAAGAUGCAACAAGAGUUGAAACGAGAAGAAGAAGAAAGAUCUCGAAUCGAACUUCAAAAUAGAGUCAUGCUAGAGAAACAGAAGCAGCAAAGUAAUAAAAUAACGGAAGAACAACAAGUGCAAAGGAUAAAGGAUGCCUUAAACGCUCAAACGUAUGAUCAGUUCCUACAAUAUGCCCAACAACAGUUUCCUGGUAAUUUCGACCAGCAAGCCAUUUUGAUUAGGCAACUACAAGAUCAACACUAUCAACAAUAUAUAAAGCAGCUAGCUGUAGAUCAGAGAUUAGCAAAUUCUACCAUACUCAACGAAAGUGAUGACACAGAGAGUGAAAAUGUUAAAAAAGAGGAAAUGGUGAAAGACUGCAACUUAAACGAAACUGAUAUUGUCGCUGUUGUGGACAACAAGUCAAUGCAGACUUUAGAAAAAACGGAUCCAAACGAUUACACCGAAGUCUAUAAAGAAGACGAAUCUGAAGAUGAUGGUCUACCAGCGGUAGAGGAUGCGCGCAUGUGGACUCGUGAUGAAAUAGUUCAAUUCAAAGACUCUGCUCGGUCAAGUGGAGGAAUGUUGACUGUGGGACACGGAGAAACUGUAACUAUAAGGGUUCCUACGCAUCAUCGCGCCAGGUGUAUCUGUUGGGAGUUUGCCACGGACAAAUACGAUAUUGGUUUCGGUCUUUAUUUUGAAUGGAGCAAAUCUCCGACUUCAGAAGUGACGGUUCACGUGUCAGAAAGCGACGAAGAAGAUGAAGCAGAAGAGGAAGUCUACGGUGAAGAAGAACUUACAGUACAGGAUUCGAACUCUGAUCCUGAGUUGGGCAGCGAUAGGCGAGUGCUAAGUGCGGUGAGGCCGCCCGUCAGCCUCGUGGUUCCGGUCUUCCGACGCGACUGUCACACAGAGGUAUACGCGGGCUCCCAUACUUAUCCCGGUGAAGGAGUAUAUUUACUUAAGUUCGAUAAUACGUACAGUCUUUGGCGAUCGAAAACAUUGUAUUACAAAGUAUAUUACACCCAAUAGAUUUACUUAAAAUGUAUUAGAAAUAUUAUAACCAUGACACGCGAAAGUAGUUGUGUUAACGUCGAAAAGUAAUGAAGUUUACCUCUAAAUAUAAUAUUAUUUAAUGCGAUGGGUUUAUAGACAAUAUGAAUAAUGUUUUCUAUAAUUAUACGCAGCUACUGUCAAUUUUCCAAGAGAAGAAAUGAUGACACCAAACAAUGUGCAAUAAAUUAAAUAUAUACUAUUAUUGUUUUAUUGUAUGUAAUGAAACUAAAAUUAAUCAAGUAUUAAUGAAAAUUAAAUAUAUUUUUUAACGAAACCUUUGAACUGCUUGAUGUUAAUGACGUUUCAGAGGAAAAUAUACAUUUAUAAACGCAAUGUAUCAAAAUAGCGUGUAAAUUUUAUAUAUUAUGUGCCAUUAUGUGGUUUUAAUAUUUAAUUACUGUUAAAUAUUUAUAUUCUAUUCAAUUAUUUUAAUUAAUUUAAUUACUUUCUAUAAUCUAUUAAGUCGACUAUAUUUUAAUAUAAGCAAAAUGAAACAAAAAAAAACUAUUGUUCGUAAAAGCGUCUAUCAUUAUUUAAAAAGAUAUAGUUUAAAAAAACACGCAUUGAUAUAAUUUGCAUUGUAAAGUUUUAACUAGACAAAUUCUACAUUUUAUUGCUGUAGUUGGGUGGACAUGCUCACGCUCCACAUUGUGUAAGUGCCCAUUGCAUCAAAUAUUGUGACAUCAAAAUAUUUGCUCCACGGUAAAAGUAAAAGUCGUGAGAUCGUGCCCUCUAUAUUUUUUUUUUUUAUUGCUUAGAUGGAUGGAUGAGCUCACAGCCCACCUGGUGUUAAGUAGUUACUGGAGCCCGUAGACAUCUGCAAUGUAAAUGCGCCACCCACCUAGAGAUAUAAGUUCUAAGAUCUCAGUAUAGUUACAACGGCUACCCCACCCUUCGAACCGAAACGCAUUACUGCUUCACGGCGGAAAUACGCGGGGUGGUGGUACCUACCCGUGCGGACUCCCAAGAGGUCCUACCACCAGUGAAUAAUAAUAUGAAGAAUAUAAUAUGAUAUAAAAAAGUUGGAUUUUGGAUGGUAGUACCGCGCUUGCGGUCUAACAAUAAUUUAACUAUACAUCAUAUCUGCCUGGUCCUAUUUUUAAUACCGUCGAAUGUAGAAAUGAGCAUCGGGCUCACGUGAUGGUAAGUGGUUACUGCUGUUCUCGGGGAACAGCAAUAUCAGGGACAUAGUUCACCCCCGCUUAGGGAGCGCAUUUCAUAUUUUUGAACUGACUAUGAAUGAGCACAGUAUGAUCGAUGGGUGAUUGGAUGAUACAGGAUGCGGUUGUCAGCGGCUUAAUGAUGAAUUACAGAUCGUGGGUUUAUUUCAAAAUAUCUUUGGAGCAUGUCCCGUGGAACAUAUAAAAUGUAUUAGUGUUCACCUGUGCUGAUCGAAAUACGACCGUGAUCACUGACACAUCAAAAUUUAUUAAUUUAAUGUAUUGCAACUUAUGUAUGUAUUACUUACUUUCAUUUUGGAAUCAACCUUCAUAUAAUUAUAUAACUAUAAUUUCUCUGGAACUACUAAAUAAAAAGAGAGUGUAUUGAAAAAAGAAAAAAAAGUCCUGAACUGUACUUUUCCUACCUAUACAUUGAUGUAUGUCACACAACGUAUUCAAAGUAUUAUUGUUAGCAUUUAAAAAAAUAUAGUGAUGUUAUUUAUAAACACAUUUUUGUAUAGGUGUUUGUUUUGUAUAUGUAAACCCAAAUUGACGAGUGUAAUAAUUAGUAGGUAUAUAGUGAAAUAUAUUGGUGGGAGUAAUUGACAAAGAAAGAGAUACACGAUGCUUCAGAAUAUCUAAAUUAUUGUGUUGGGCGAGUCUGAGAAAAACAUCUUGGUACUUGAGUGGUUAAGAACGAGAACAUCCCGAACUCGAUUGUAAUUUUGAAUCGAUUGCGAUUCGUUCGAUUAAUUAAACGUGUCCGAUUCGCCCUACCGUUAAUUUGUUGUAAAAUGACCAGUAAAAAAUUUAUUAAUUCAAAGCUAUUUAAAAAGUACUCAUUAAAUUUGUCGUGUUUACGAUAGGUCCGUUUCCUCACCUAAUUAUGCUAGAAUAAAAAAAAUGUAUUUA